AUGAACAGUGUUUUCUUUUCUUUUCUUUACUUAAAAGACAAUGCUGAAUUUUUAAAUUCUAUUGAUGCAGACUCAGCAGACACGUUUGAGACAGCUCAUGUGGAUGCAAUCAAGGGUUGCUGGACAGAUCCUGUUCUGGUUGAAUCUGAUAAUGAGAAUCGAAUGGAGGAAUCAAAAGCUCUGUUUAGGACAAUUAUUACGUAUCCUUGGUUUCAAAACUCAUCAGUGAUUCUCUUCUUAAACAAGAAAGAUUUAUUGGAAGAAAAGAUCAUGACGUCCCAUCUGGCGGAUUAUUUUCCAGACUAUGAUGGUCCAAAGAAAGAUGCCCAGGCAGCCCGGGAGUUCAUAUUGAGAAUGUUUGUUGAUUUAAACCCUGAUCCUGAUAAAAUUAUAUAUAGUCAUUUCACCUGUGCAACAGUUGUUCGUACACCACAACACCUGGAUUUACUUCCAACUUCAUACCUCUUCCUUUCCUCUUCUUUCUCCCCUUUUCCUCUUCUUUCUCCCCUUUUCCUUUUUUUUCUCCCACUUUCUCAUCCUUUUCCUCACUCUUCCUUCCUUUCUUUCUCCUCCUCCCCUCUCUCUCUCUCUCUUUCUCUCUCUCUCUCUCAGCCUAACCAUCUCUUUGCUAGCCAUGAGAUGAUGACUGACCCAUGCUCGGCUAUUUUUCACUUUAACUACGACCCUAUCUUUUUCAAUCUUUUUCUUAGGCGAAUAUCUUUUCUCAUUUUUUAUUUUUUUUUCUUUUUUAGGCCAAAUCAACCCCCUUUCUUUCUUUUCUUUUCUCAUCAAUUUUUUUUCAACCCUCAUCUUUUCUUAUCUUUUUUUUUAGGCGACCCCUUUUCUUUUUUUUCUCAUCUUUUGCGACCCUAUCUUUUCUUAUCUUUUAUCUUUUUAGGCGACCUAUCUUUUCUCAUCUUUUUUUAUUUUUAUCGACCCUAUCUUUUCUUAUCUUUUUUUUUUAGGUAUCUUUUCUUAUCUUUUCUUUUUUCUUAUCUUUUUUAUCUUUUUUGGCGACCCUAUCUUUUUCUCAUCUUUUUAUUUUCUUAUCUUUUUUUUUUUUUCUUUUUACGACCCAUCUUUUUCUUAUUUUUAGGCGACCCUAUCUUUUCUUUUUUGGGCUUUUUAUCUUUUGGCGACCCUAUCUUUUCUCAUUUUUUUAUCUUUUUCGACCCUAUUUUUCUUUUUUUUAGGCGACCCUAUCUUUUUUUUUCUUUUUUAGGCGACCCUAUCUUUUUUUUUUCUUUUUUUUUUUUAUCUUUUCUUAUCUUUUUUUUUCAACCCUAUCUUUUCUUUUUUUUAUCUUUUAUUGACCCUAUCUUUUCUUUUUUAUCUUUUUUUUUCACCCUAUCUUUUUUAUCUUUUUUCUUUUUCUUUUUUUAG